AACAAUAAUUUUUGUGAAAAGCACUACACAAAUAAUCUUGCAUUGAAUUAAAUUCUGUUAAAUUACAGAAAUGCAAAUAAAUUACCUACACAUACUAAAUCUGUGCCUUUGUAUUCUUGCUUUGGCCCAGUGUGUGUCCUUGCUGCACUUAUUUAAGAAUACGAACAAUCUGUACACCCCUCAGUCACGUGGUGCAAGACAUCCAAGAGUACUUUUUCUUCCGAAUGAGCAGCGAAAACAGAAGUUGACCAGAUGCUGCUGUGAAAAACUGCAUAACGGAAACCCAAGCAAAGACAAACACAAUGGCCACAGAUGGAAAAACCAAAAUAUUCCUCAUUUCAAUCGGGUUUUGGCUCAUUUUCGGUGUUGAAAGCUACAGUGGUUUGGAUCAUGUGUUAACUAUUAAUCCUGGAGGAUCUGUCACCAUCCCAUGUCAUUAUAAUGAGGAAACUCAAUGGCAGAUGAAAUUCUGGUUUUCAGAAAUAUUUCAACUUCGUUCAUACACAAACACAACCGAGGAGAAUCUGUCAGUAAUUGAUCGUCCUGAUCAGAGCCUCUAUACUGUGACUAUGAGGAACAUCGAGAGCAGACAAUCUGGAUUUUAUUACUGUGUUUUGGAGUCUGAAGGAAAAGAGAACACCACAUAUGAACUUUUUCUCAUGGUUAAAUCUGUUCCUGACGUGUCUGUGUUGAGCAGCAGUGUAUCUGGACAUGAGAGUGGUAAUGUCAGUAUUCAGUGUUUCUACAGUUCUAAAUACAGGGAUACACAGAAACAGUGGUGCAGAUAUAAAGAUCAGAAGUGUUUCAGGGAGAAUAAGACCAACAUAUCCCAGAGUUCAUCAGUGCAGAUCAGUGAUGAUGGUGAAAACUCCUUCACUGUGCUGAUGACUGGACUGAGACUCUCUGAUUCUGGAUGGUAUUUCUGCUCUGCUGGAAAUCGAAUCGUUCCUGUUCAACUCACUGUAACUGAGGCAGAACCAGAACAUGUGAACUUCAGCACAGAGUAGAAUGGAUGGCGUGUCUGCCUUUCACACAACUACAGUUUUCUGCAUAUCGACCUGAACAAACAGAUUAUAAGAAAACCGAUGAUAUUCAUGAUCUCUUUCUGCUUUACAGUUAGCCAACAGACUAUUAAUAUAAUAGUAGUAUAAAAUGCAUUAGACCUAUUCAUACACUCCUAAAUGCCUGAAUGAAUGCAAUGCAGUUUUUAACUGCAGAACAACAACAAAAGAUUAAUAUAGGAGUGCCUUUUUUCUUCUGUAUGCUUCUAAAAUAAAAAUAUUAAUUCAAAUUA